UUGCAGAACUGGUCAAAUUCUCUUUCCUUCUUCUCUCGUCCCUCUGAAUCGUCAAAUUCCCAUUUCUUCGUCCCCAGAAACUGGAAUCGAGUCAUUCAAGUCUGCAAGAAUUAUUUUCUAUGUUCUUAUCGAUAAGUAAAUACAAAUAGGAAGGAUUGUUCUAAUUUAUGCGACGUUAGGGCUUCCAAAUUUCCCGAAUUUGUGGAAUUUGGAUAUGUUCUGUUGAAAAAUAUUGAGUUCGUUAGUAAGGUUACAAAGUUUGAGGUCAAUUUGUAUGAUUUAGUGCAGUUGUUGCUGUCGAAUUACCCAAUUUCGCGAAGUUAGGUUGUGGUGAUUGUCUUAUAAGGGGAAAAAUGGUGAUUUUUGAAAAUUUGAUGGUUUUGGAGGUAAUUUGAUCGGCGAAGAGUGGUGGGUGCGGAUGGAUUGUAGAAUUUGUAUGGCCACGGGGGACUUGUGGAUGAGACUGGGCGGCGUUGGUGGUGGGGUGGGUGACAUUGGAGGUGGGUUUAGCCACGAGAGUGAGCAUGACUUGGCGGUUAUGGUUAGUGAUUUCUUGGAAAAUGGAAGUAGUGGUGGGACAGAGUCAAGGUGGAGUAGCGACAGCGAUUCUGGGUUCUGCGAUCUUGCUCACCUUGCUGACAAGAUAUCUUAUUACAAGAAGUCAGUGGAUCAGUAUGUGAGCGAUUUGCUAUCAGUUGUUAAUUCUCUUAUGCUAUCUAUUAAAGGCAUUGAUCUUCACACUGUCAAGUCAGGACCGUGCAAUGCUAGUUGCAUCAGGUUUUCUCUGGUAAAGCUUCUGAGGUUUUCUGGUUUUGAUGCUGCUGUAUGCGCAUCCAAGUGGCAGGGUAGUGGUAAGGUUCCUGGAGGGGAUCACGAGUACAUAGAUGUGGUGAAUUACAAUGAUACUGGGAGCUCUGAGCGUUUCAUCAUUGAUAUCGACUUUCGGAGCCACUUUGAAAUAGCCAGAGCUGUUCAUACGUAUGAUUAUAUAUUGAAUUCCCUUCCAGUUGUUUACGUAGGAUCCUUGACGAAGCUGAACCAGUUCCUUCAAGUCAUGGUUGAAGCUGCCAGAUCUUCUCUCAAGCAGAACUCAAUGCCCCUUCCUCCAUGGAGAUCUCUCGCUUAUUUGCAAGCUAAGUGGCAGGCACCCUACAACAGAAAGUUUAAGCCUGAUGAACAGGAUGUUAACAGCACGAGUCCUGAGCAUAAGCAGUGCAGUGGACGUUUAAAGCGCCUGCAAUCUUUGAUCCAAUCUGAAAUUGAAGUAGAGCGAAUGUUAAACCCCAUAAACAAUGACAAAAAUCGGAGGUGGAAAUUUCUGUGGCAGAAGCAUCCUUCACUCAGGACUCCUUGAGGCGCACAGAAUCUUGUUGGGACAUGAAAUGCACGUUCAUGGGCACCAUUGAUGUAAGGGCCAACCUUUUGAAAAAACCCCGAACAUCAAAUAAGUUCUGUAUCAGAAAGGCAGACAGGUUCAUAUAGUGACAUGAGUAAUAACACACCAUGCUAGGGAGGGGAUGUUUUUUUUCCCGUCUCAUGUUGUGCCGUUUAGACUUUGUUCUUUCUGUAUCUUUUGCACCAGAAAAUCAAGAAGGGUCAGGUUGCCACUGGUUCUCUUUAUCUUCCACAGCUUUGGAUCCUAACCGGUUCGUACUUGCUUGAUCCUGGAGUAUCAUUACAUAGGUUGUCUU